AAAGAGUUGAACGAAACGCCGAACUGAGAUGGUCGACUCGAAGAAAACCUACUCUGUGGCAGGACAGAGCUGGAACCUUAGGAAUUGCAGUAGAGGAAGAAGGUAAGGGGUGCAGCAGUCGAUCGGUUGACAAUCGGACGUCCUCUUGAGAGACCGUCGGGCGACAUGGGACGUGGUUACAUGGCCGCGCGCUUAUGGUGCUCAGUGCAGAGGUGUGCAGAAGCGUCGAGAGUGCAGAAUCCAAUUUCGUCGGUUGGAUCCCGAGGAAUGAAAACUCUGAAAGUAGUGCUCACUGAGAAGAUCGAGAGACUAGGGCGUGCUGGCCAAGUUGUGAAUGUGGCUCCCGGAUAUGCACGUAACAAGCUUAUCCCGCAUCAUCUUGCCCUGCCGGGAUUGGACAAAUAUGUUUCGCUCGUGAACGCGCAGUUGAAAGCUGCCAGACCUCAUCUGCUGGAGGAGACAGAGGAGACCAAAUCUGAAACCUCCGAGGAGAAACAGUUGAAAGAGAUCGACGCUGUCUUGAAGCGGCUGGAUGCCGGGAAGGUUGUGUUCCACAGGCACUUGACCUGUGCUCAAGUAUUAUUUAAGCCUGUCACGAAGGAUGAUCUUAUUUUUGAGGUGAGAAGACAGAUGGGAGUUGAACUUGCCGCUUCGAAUAUCAUUCUGCCUGAAGACUUCAACAAAUUGGGAGAAUUUGAGGUGGAAUUACGGUUUCCCAAGGGGCUAGCAAUGCCUGGAGGUAGAGAGAAGCUGUUUCUCAAACUUCGAAUCAGGAGAAAAUAGCCCAAUGUGUUGCAGUCAAUUGCAAAUCUGGUAUGAUUUUGACUCAGGUACGCUGGAACUCAGCUGAUACGGCAUUUGGAACACUUUGAGCAAUGAAUGUGAAAUCCUCACAUUUUUAGGCAUGGAGCAGGCAUUGUGCGAUUGAAGCUUUAGGGCGGCAUCUGUUGUACAUAAUACUUGAGAUAGUUUCCAGAGUGUCAACUUCGACUUUACUAGUACUAAUCAUUUGUCUUGGUGACUUUUUCAAGACAGUGUCGAGCUAACAUUGACGUUCUUGGUCAUUGGUAUAUUAGUUCGGUUUGUCUAUUGAAUCAGUCCGUAUCGAGGUUAAGGAUUUAGGGUGUCGACCUGAAUUGAAGCUGUCAGAGUGUCUACCCUCGAGAGCUCUGGCAGUCAUUGUCUUCAAUAACGAACUCAAGAAGCGUAUGUCAUCUUUCCACUCAACUUCGAUCCAUGUUACAAACAACGCAGCAGAUUGUGGAUUAGCGGAAGAGCUUCCCAACAUAAUCUCUGUUUCAAAUUAUUGUAGAGAUCUCAUAAGUCCCAUUCUUCAACGAAGAGAGUUGAGAUGCUUUACUCGUGAUUACUCGCGAACACUGAAAUGUUGGACGAUCCAUGUUCUUUCGCCUGGGACGGCGCUGUUUUUGAAAAAAACUUUUCGUGCCCACUUGCACUGAGUUUCAACGA